AUGGACGACGAGCGGCUACCCAAACGACGCUUCUACAGAGAUGUCGUCACUGGUUUCCGCCGACAAGGAGACCAAGACCGCCUAAACAAGGAAACUCUGGAGACUUUCCUAAAGCUUCUGCAGAUGAACCCGGCCAACCUGGAUGAGAACAGUGAAGACAGGCGCAGCGAACUACGAAGCCAACUGCAUCCUCACCGCAAACGCAAACGCGAGGCUCUUCAAUCCCAACUGCGCCCACUCAACGUCAACGCUCAACCACCUCUGACCUGUCCACGCUGCCAACGGACGUCCCGAGCACCAACUGGCCUUGUCGGAUAUCUUCGUACCAACUGCAACACCCGGGGCUACACCAGCUUUAGUGUCCUCGUCCAACUCGGCCUCAUCCUCCGCGCCGACGACUGA